AUGGACCGGCUUGCCUUCCGUGCGGACUUGCAGGGUCAAGCAAAGCUGGACGCUGUCACCACCCUCCUGGACAAACUCACGGAGGAUCUGGGAAAGCAGUGCCUCACACCUGAUGAGCGCGAUACCGCAUUAGACCAGCUCAAAAUCUACGGGCGGGACCCGCGAAACGCAGAUCCAAUCUUUACCAGAGAUGGCAUAGAAACGCUCGCAAGAUUCGCCUUGGAGAGCGAUUCCAGAACCACCUGCCAAAAUGCUCUGAAGUGUCUCGCAAACGCCAUGCUUCUCGUACCGAGUGCACGGCAGACCUUUGUUGAUUUGGGUUAUGGACCCAAAGCAUGCGACAAGCUGAAGAAUGACGAUUGGGAGGACGAGUUUUUGGCAAGUAGGGUCACACUGCUCUCGACCUACAGCAAAACCAUCAAGCUUCCCACGCUCAUCGAUGAAACUGGUCUGGCCGACAACAUCGCCCAGCGACUUGCUAAACAUGCCGAGGCAGCGUCCAAGCAAGACAAGGAAGCACUGACGGACCCUAUGCAGGUUCUGUCACUGACGGAGAUCACAAGAUUACUUUUCAAUCUAACCCAUCUCUGCCAUGAAAAGGCCUCAGCAUUCACUGCUACCAUUCCCCAUCUUCUAGUGCUUUUGAGCAAGCAUGAUAUUCCUACCCCCAGUCCCUUGGAAGCGCCGAUGGGUCCAUUCAUCAACGCUCUACUCAAUCUCGAGCUCGAAAGCCCCGGCUUGGAAUCGUCGCUAUUCCCUGAUGAAGCACCUGGUGCGAUUGCAGCAAGAAUGGUCGAGCUCCUUGAGCAAUCGUUGCAGGGCUAUCCUGACCACGAAUUGGAGGCAACAGUGACUCCCCUGGUGUCUGUCAUUCACCGAACUUAUGCCAGGGCACCCGAGGAAGUCUCGAGAAUUAUGAGGCGUGCUCUCCUUCCCUCCGAGAAAGAUCGCGAAGGCGUUCUAGGGCAGGGAGAUAGUACUUCUGCGAAAAUGCUGCAGAACCUGUCUAAUCCACUUGCCCCAACUCUGCGGAAAGCCAUCUCAGACUUGCUAUUUGGUCUAUCGGGAAAUGAUCCUGCGACCUUGGUCAAGAACAUCGGAUACGGAUUUGCAUCAGGAAUCUUAUUUGAGAAGAAGCUGCCGAUACCUGAAGAUAUGGGCAAUCCAUCGACUUCGGAAGCUGAUGCAAGUAGAGGUCGAGCUUUCAACCCCGUUACGGGCCAAUUUGUCGAUUCUGAGAAGCCUGUGGACGAGCCCGAAAUGACUGAAGAAGAAAAGGAGAGAGAGGCAGAGAGACUAUUCGUAUUAUUUGAAAGGCUUAAGAAGACUGGAAUAGUAGACGUCCAGAAUCCGGUAGAGCAGGCUCUCCGAGAUGGACGUUUCGCCGAAAUCGACGAUAAAGAUAGGGUAGAAGAGUUGGAUUGA